AUCUCGUGGGCCAGGUGGUGCACUGCGAGUGACACAUUAACUAGAGACUUCUGGAGACAUGACAUCCCUGCCCCCCACCUCGUCCUGGGGUCCAGGCUCCUGCUGCAGGCCCCCGCCUCCAGCUCGGUGACAAGGUUGGACCAGAGAGGGUUGUCAACCUGCCUAGCUGGCACAGCCCCGAGGCCGGCUUUCCUUUCCUGGAGCCCCAGGGCCAUCCCAGAUUCCUGAGGCUGUUUGGUUUGUCUGGGGCUCUGCUCAGAGCGCAGGUUCUUGGGCAGAUCCGGAGUCCUUUGUCAGAGGGGGGGACCCUAAGAGACCUCUUGGCUCUCAGCCUAACUCCCCUCCAGUACUAGGGAGGUCACAGGACAUGGCAGGGGACAACAGUGACAGCAGGGGAGGCCAAACCUGCCCGCCCACCUCAUGAGCUGGGGCCAUGCUACCAAGAUGAGGCGCAGCAAGACAUCACUGUCCUUCCUGCUGAGCGAGAGGGUCCGGGAGCCUGCGGACUUGGGUUUAGCCUCUGUGAGUCCCCCCAGGGUCGGUGUCAUUCAGAGGCACUUCUCAGGGAGCCUGCUGCUGCCCCCGCUGUGGAGCCACCCAGGAGCCCCUGGGGAGGUGGAGACCAGCGCCCCUGUGGUGUUCACCCUCGGAGCCCGUGGGACGGACAGAAGCCAGGGCUUGGCACCAGGCAGCUUUGACUUGGACAAUGGGCCUUCGUGUGGCAGGGCCGCACAGGCCCCCGGCUCACACAGCCAGCGGCGAGAGUCCUUCCUGUACCGAUCGGACAGCGACUAUGAGCUGUCGCCGAAGGCCAUGUCUCGGAACUCCUCCACUGGCAGCGACCUACACGGAGAAGACCUGAUUGUGACGCCCUUUGCCCAGGUCCUGGCCAGUCUGCGGACCGUGCGCAGCAACAUGGCUUCACUCACCCAGGGCCAAGGCAGCAGGGCAGUCGGGUCAGCGUCUGUCUCCAGCCCUCCAGUUAGCAGCCAGCUCCCUCCAGCUGCAGAGGAUGCGGCGCAGAUGCUGGCGCUGGAGACGCUGGCGGAGCUGGACUGGUGCCUGGACCAGCUGGAGGCGCUGCACACGCGGCAUUCGGUGGGCGACAUGGCCUCCACCAAGUUCAAGCGCAUGCUGAACCGAGAGCUGACCCACCUGUCGGAAACCAGCCGCUCUGGGAACCAGGUGUCCGAGUACAUCUCCCGGACCUUCCUGGACCAGCACGCAGAUGUGGAGCUGCCCCCGAGGCCUCUGUCCGAGAUCCCAGCCCUUGGCGGGCUCACCCGGCCUGGCCUGUCUUCAGCGGCUGUCCCGCGCUUUGGGGUAGAGACGGACCAGGAGGGGCAGCUAGCAAAGGAGCUGGAAGACACCAGCAAGUGGGGCCUUGACGUGUUCAGGGUGGCCGAGCUAAGUGGGAACCGGCCCCUGACGGCCAUCCUGUUCAGCAUCUUCCAGGAGCGGGACCUGCUGAAGACAUUCCAGAUCCCAGCUGACACACUGGCCACCUACCUGCUGACGCUGGAGGCUCACUACCAUGUGGAUGUGGCCUAUCACAACAGCCUGCACGCUGCCGAUGUGGCGCAGUCCGCGCAUGUACUACUGGCCAUGCCCGCGCUUCAGGCGGUGUUCACAGACCUGGAGGUCCUGGCCGCCCUCUUCGCCAGCGCUAUCCAUGAUGUGGACCACCCCGGGGUCUCCAACCAGUUUCUGAUCAACACCAAGUCAGAGCUGGCGCUGAUGUACAACGACAUCUCCGUGCUGGAGAACCACCACCUGGCGGUGGGCUUCAAGCUGCUGCAGGGUGAGAACUGCGACAUUUUCCAAAACCUCAGCGCCAAGCAGUGGCUGAGCCUGCGCAGGAUGGCGAUCGACAUGGUGCUGGCCACCGACAUGUCCAAGCACAUGAACCUGCUGGCUGACCUCAAGACCAUGGUGGAGACCAAGAAGGUGACGAGCCUCGGCGUCCUGCUGCUGGACACCUACGCAGACCGCAUCCAGGUCCUGCAGAACCUGGUCCAUUGUGCAGACCUGAGCAACCCCACAAAACCGCUGCCCCUCUACCGCCGGUGGACGGACCGCAUCAUGGCGGAGUUCUUCCGGCAGGGGGACCGGGAGCGCCAGUCGGGUUUGGACGUCAGCCCCAUGUGCGACAAGCACACGGCCUCGGUGGAAAAGUCCCAGGUGGGCUUCAUCGACUACAUUGCCCACCCUCUGUGGGAGACGUGGGCUGACCUGGUGCACCCUGAUGCUCAGGACCUGCUGGACACGCUGGAGGAUAACAGGUCAUGGUACCACAGCAGGGUUCCCCGGAGCCCCUUGGACUCUGUGGGCUCUGAGCGGGGGACCCCCUCCAGGUUCCAGUUUGAGCUGACUCUGGAGGAAACGGAGGAGGAAGCAGCGGUGGCCCCAGAUGCCCCAAGCACUUAGCUUGUGUCCCCCGCCCCAGCGAGGACCUGGGCCCCUCUGGGCCCCUGGAGCUUCUAGGGAACUGAGCCUGCCCCAGAGGGGAUUGGGAAGCCCCAGGACCCCUCCUCUGUCAGCCCUGGCUGAGUCUUCUGGGCCAGCGGCCCAGGCAGCCACCGCAGUCGCCACCCUGCUUCCAUUUUACUUCCCUUUGGUAUUUUGGGAUCUGAGCCCAAGGCUUGCACAGUGAGCUCAACCCCGGCCCGCUUUUUUGUCGUCUUGAGAUGCGGGUCUCCCUAAACUGCAGAGUUGGUGGGUUAGAUUUACAUGUGGGA